GGUUCUGUUGACGUCAUGCGGGGGAGGCUGAGGUCGCCGAGGAGAGAGGGAGUGCGCCCCGUUUGUGAAGCGCGACGCGUUUAAAUGGCCGGUCGCGCGUCGCCGCGAACUCAGUUUCGUCAUUGCGCCGUGAAAAUCGGUCCGAAAUCUCGCAUAUCUUUUGAGACACAUAAAUACUUAUAUUUACACUUCAUUGCAAUAUUGUUUAUAAAUUUACUGCAUCGCAUUACCUCAUUUUCGCGUUUUGUUUUAACGUUUCUCCAGCGCUGAGGAGGCCGGAAGCUGAAGAGCGUUAUCGAGAUUCGCGAAGGCAUCGCGCAGCGAAUGUUCGUCUUUUUCGCUGGCGAGUGUUCUGUUGACGGAAAUUGACAUUUUAACGAGAGACCAUCCGCGCAAUGUUUCGAAGUAGUAAAGAGAAGCAUUUUCGGAAUUGAACACAGAAACGAAAUUUGAAUUCCUCGAGGAAGAAAACUGACGCGUUUUAACGCUUCACGACCUUUCUUCCUCUUAGCAAGAAGAUCUUCUGAGAAAUCAACCGGAAACGAAUCUUCUCAAAGUACUUAGCAAACGUUUAAAAUGAAGAACAGUAAUGAUUUGAUAGACAGCCGGCAGGGCUUGGAGGGCUACGUGAAUCACGGCUUAAGCGGAUCUAUCAAUAAUGUGGAUCACAUUCACUCGUAUCAAUCAUUUCACAAUACGAAUGAAAACCAUCAGGGAUCUUCUGAUUUUAUCUUGAUCGAAGAGCCGGGGGACGAGGUCAAACAGAAGGAAGGUCUUGUGAAGUCGAUGUUGCAGUACACGAAGCGACGUGCCAAGGGCAUCUGCACGAGGAAAACCCUUUACAAAAGACUGCCAUUCUUGAGGUGGCUACCAAGGUACAAUGGUCAAGAUGCACUCGGAGAUCUAGUGGCCGGAAUCACCGUGGGUCUCACUGUUAUUCCUCAGUCGCUGGCGUACUCGAAUGUUGCCGGUUUACCGUCACAGUAUGGUUUAUAUGGCAGCUUCUUGGGUUGCUUUAUAUAUGUAAUUUUUGGAUCCUGCAAGGACAUACCCAUGGGACCCACAGCCAUAAUUUCCUUGCUGACUUAUCAAACAAUAUCUCAAUUGGACCCUCAGUUAGACCCGGUGUCGCAUGCAGUCCUGCUGUCCUUUCUGGUCGGCGUUGUAGCGUUAGUAAUGGGUUUACUUGGCCUCGGGUUUCUGAUAGAUUUUGUAUCUGGGCCAGUGAGUUCCGGUUUCACGUCGGCGGUGGCUUUAAUAAUAGUCACGUCGCAAAUUAAAGAUAUCCUCGGCAUCCCUGCCAAAGGCUCCCAAUUUAUCGAGAUGUGGAAGAGCAUCGGUGGGCUGAUACACGAGACAUCGGCCUGGGACGCUGCUCUUGGAGCAUCCUGUAUUGCAUUGCUGUUAAUUCUGAGGUUACUGGCUUCGGUUCAAAUCGGUCCACAUGACGAAGAACUUCGCACUACGAGACAUCGCGUUGUGAACAAAAUCUUCUGGUUGAUCGGCACUUCACGAAACGCUUUUUUGGUAGUGAUUUGUGGCUUUUUGGGCUGGCGCUUGCACAAUCAAUUGCCCGUCAGACUCAUAGGCCACAUACCAGCCGGCAUGCCUGCCGUGCAAGUACCACCGUUUGGAUAUAUUAAGGACGAGAACACGACGGUGACAUUUAUUGACAUGGUCGGCAAUUUGGGUAGUGGUAUUUUCGUUUUACCACUAAUCGCUCUGAUGGAAGACAUCGCUAUUUGUAAAGCAUUCGCCAAUGGAAAAUCGGUGGAUGCUACGCAGGAACUAAUAGCUAUCGGUAUAUCGAACAUCGGAAGUUCCUUUGUGCAAGCUUUCCCGAUUACGGGAUCUCUCAGCAGAAGUGCGGUAAACAACGCUUCCGGCGUCAGGACGCCUCUGGGUGGUAUUUACACUGGUGUGUUAGUAAUUUUAGCCUUAAUGUUCCUCACCCCGUACUUCAGCUUUAUUCCACGCGCUACACUAGCGGCGAUUAUUAUAGCCGCGGUCAUCUUCAUGGUCGAAGUCAAAGUGGUGAAGCCGAUGUGGAGGACAAAGAAAUCAGAUCUCAUCCCGGGAGUGGGCACGUUCAUCGCGUGUCUGGUGCUGCAAUUGGAGAUUGGUAUUCUCUGCGGAAUCGGAAUAAAUAUCCUCUUCAUCUUGUACCACGCCGCCAGACCAAAAAUAUCCGUGGAGAAACUGAAGACUCAGCACGGUAUCGAGUACUUGAUGUUGACGCCGGAUCGUUGCCUGAUCUUCCCGUCGGUGGACUACGUGCGCAAUUUGGUGACGAAAUAUAGUCAACGCGUGAAGAGCGUCGCAACGCCUGUGGUGAUUGACUGUUCGCACAUCUACGGGGCGGAUUUCACGGCUGCAAUGGUCAUCGAGACCCUGACGAAGGACUUCGCCAUGAGGGGACAACCGCUUUUCUUUUACAAUCUCAAGCCGUCGGUGUACGCUGUCUUCGAGGGUGUUGCGCCGACAGACUUUGUUGUUUAUUACAAUCAGGAGACGCUGGACGACUUGCUGAAGGAAAAAGGGUAUAUCAAGCAGAUCAAAUAGAAGCUUCAAAAGCUCCAAAAUGUUGUUCUCAAUCGUGAAAAGUGUAUUUAUAAAGUGUGUUCCUCAAAACUCGCAAUAACUGGUCUCCGAAUACGCAACAAAUGCGAAAAUUUCGGAUAAAAAUAACCAGAACGUUCCUUCAAACUUUCUCGCGAUUUUUCGUAGAGAUCUUUGCCUUAAUUUUACAAAGUAAAAUACGAAUCUAAUUUUAUAGUAACUAUAAAAAAUUUAUGCCAUAAUAUAUACACAAAUACUUUUUGUGUGAUCUUGAUUCUGAUAAAGAAAUGAUAUUACAUUCUUAACUCAGAAAUUUACACAGCUUCAAGUUCCGAGUCGAUGGUAAAAACCAUCGAGAUAAAGCUACAUGUAACAGAGAUAUCGCCGACCUAACGUCAGUAUUCAAUCUACGUUUGAAACUUUAAACGUAGUUCGUCGCGUGUACUUUGACGUCUAUAUAAAAAAUUUAGACGUCUUUACGAUGUCUCGUAGAUUCUCAUUUCACUUAAAUAUUUAUUUAACUUCGCGAUGAAACGAAGGUGUCAGUAUAAUUUUCUCAAACACAUUGAUACUUAGCGUUUCUCUUAUUUUAAACUUAAAAUAAAGGUGCAUAAAAUUCCAUUCCACAUUUAUAUGUGCUUACUAUUUCAUACAGAAUAGUAUUUGUCAUAUUCUGAAACAUAUUUGUACAUAACUAUAAUAAGUUCGAACAAUACUGUGAUAAUUUUAUAAGCGAUGUCUAGACGAACGGAGAAUGUUCGUUUUUCGAUGGAUAUAAAGCUUCCAUGAAUAACAGAUCUUUUGUGAAUUUUUAAGCAUAUUAUUAUCGAAUCAACUCGUCGAUGAAAAUUUCAUUGUAACUCAAUCUCGAAUAUGGAGAGGAGAGUCAUAAAAUGUAAUUGAUUCGAAAUACUAUCGAUCGAUAUGUAACGGCUGCUCUUUUCUGUUAUAUUCCCGCAUAAUAUAAAAAGAUUUUUUAGAAAACUCAUGUAAUAUAAAAAAUGUCGUACUCUCUUAAUAGCAAUAAAAA